UCCAGGCGGGGGGUUGCUGCUGCGCUUCACCCGGGCCGUGCUCUGCCUCCCGGAGGAGCGAACGGACGCCCCGUCCCCAGGAGACUCCCCGGAGCUCCGCUUCCUGGCUCUGCGGGCACCGGAGCAGCUCCCGGAGUAAUCUGCAGCCACAAUAACACACAGCGUCAGGUGGAAACAAUGGAGCUGCGCAGAAAAACAACCUCUGUUUGUUUGUCGAUUAACGGAUUUAAAGGCAAAUGUUUGGUGAACAGAUUAUAACCGAUCAGAGGUGCGAUCAGGUUAUUAACAGAGAAUAAACGGUGGGAUUUGGACAUUAUUUCAACGCUUUAAAGGACCCAAACAGCAGCUUAUCGCUUUAGCAUGUAGCAGUUAGCAGCUGGGAUACCGACCUGCGUCCGACAGCAUGUUGUCCGGAUGAACAGGCGUUAAACCGAAGCUGUGGGCCGGCUGUUUGUUUGUGAGGAGGUUUAAUAAAUCAGUUCAACUGUCUUUGGUUGUUGUGAAAAUAAAAUAAAACAGCUGAUACAUGAAAACAGCUUCCUGUUUGACACAGGAAGUGGAUGGUGUUGCUUCGGACUGGUAUUAAUGCUACAUUCAAAGAACCUCGGAAAUAAAGAUGGCAAAAAUUAAAAUAAGGAAAAACUAAAGCCGAUUUAACAGCAUUAGCUGUAUCAGUCAUUACCUAAACAUUACCAAAAAAAUUUUUUUUCAUUCCAGCGUUUUGUUACACAUUUACGACCAGUUUACUGACAAGAAUGUAUUUUAAAUAUAUGUUAACUAUCUGAGUUGAAUUCAUUACUUCUUUAUUUUAUAAUUAUGAAAACCAUAUGGGAUUUUGAGGUUGGGAUCAUUUAAGAAGCUCUGAAUUUCUUCUCGAAAUUUCUUACUCAUAAAGAUCCUUGCUAGACAUUUUUCAAAAGAUGAAGCCAGAAAUUUCGAGGGGUCAUGAAUGCAUCAUUCACGGGGUCAUUUUAAGUCACGUUUUAACAAGGUAACCAUAGCAACCGGCACGAUAACCCAAGCGACUCGUUUUAUUUACUGUCAGAAGAAGCCAGUUUUGACCGUAAAGUUUUAUUUCUGUUUAGAAAUAGAGUAUUUUUCUCGCAAAAAUCUGUUUCCAUUCACAUUUGAAACGUCGUGUCUGUUAGCUGUUCUUUUUAUAAACGACAUUUUUUUAAAACAAGGCGCGAGGACCGGAUACUUUCCCGGAUGGAUUCAGGAAAACUCGUUCAAGAUUUGAACCCGAAGUUUCCCGAUAUAAAUCUGACUGCAUCACGUAAACCCAGUCCUAAAAAGUUUGACCUCAUUAAGGUCAUCCGUCUUCUUGAGGAUCCACUGAUGGCGAACCUGAGGGAAAGGCACCUGUUCGUCCUGAAGAAACUGCUGAAGAGAAACCAGUCAGGCUUCCUUUUGAAGGAGCUCACAGCUAUAUCCCAAAUACUCAACAUCUGUGCUGAGAAAGUGAGCGAUCAGCCCCAAUAUGCAUCAGUUCUGUGUGAAGCUCUAAAACUCUGCAGGUUUCCCUUCCUGAAGGAGAAGACGUCUGAUGAGCUGAGGUACGCUCAAGACGCCAAAGAGUUCCUCUCCAACAUUGGUCUUCUGAUGAGGGUCCCACACGCUGAAGUUCAGGAGCAGGUCUUGGAAGCUGUGAGGUCGUUUUUCAGCUCUAACGCUCCAGCGGAUCUGCCUGAAGAGCUCCAGCCGACCUCGGCCAUUUACCGGCUGCAGCUGCUGGAGCGCAGCAACCUCCCCAAGACGCUGCUUCUCUCCACAGCCGCCCUGCAGAACCGGCCCUCCAUCAAGCUGCGGCUCCUGCAAACUCUUCAGCUCCUCUCCAGCUCCUCAGACACCACCUGCACUAGCAUCUUAGGUGAAGGAGGAGCCGAGAUGAUCUGUCUGCACAUGAACGAAGAGGACCGGUCCGGUCAGGUUCUUAUCUGCUCCUCAGAGAUCCUCUGGAACCUGCUGGAGAGCGGUGGCAGAAAGGAGGCCGUGACUCAGCUCAGCAGCUUGGAAUGCGUGCUAUCUCUGAAGGAAGCGUUGUCAUCAGCGAUGGAGAUCCCAUCCCAAGCUUUUCACCUCCAGCUCAGGAAUCACCUGCUGGCGAUCGCAACUCUCAUCGCUGGAAAUCCAAACUGUCCGCUCGUCGAAAGCUUAUUUGCCAAACAGCUGCUGGGCUUCAUGACAAUUCCGGAGCUGAGCAGCUCUGCAGCAGAGAAACCUGACCUGAGGAUGAUGAAGCUGCUGUUGAAUCUGCUGGUUGUGAUGGGCAGGAACGUCACUGUACUGCAGGUUUUCAGGGAGGAGUAUGUCAUGGUGAACCUGCUGCAGCUCGUGAAGCCACCGGAGCGCCGGCCAGCUUCUCAGAUCUUCUUCGGCUUCCAGGAGGAAGAACUCCAGCUGCAGGCAUUGGACGCCUUGUCCUGCAUCGCUCCAGUCAUGCUGCAGGACUACAUGUCCUGUCAGGGAAAUACGCGCCUGCUGUUGCUGCUGGACUGGUGCGUCGAAGAGCCUGAACUCUGUGGCAGCAGGAUGACCCAGACGCAGCGCUGCAUCAGAAUCCUGCGAUCUGUGACGGCUCUGGGAGAGGAAGCUGUAAAGCAGGACCUCUGCGAUCAGGGAGCCAUCAACCAGCUGCUGGGGAUCCUAAACUUGAUCGAAGCGUUUUCUGGUGAGGAUGAUGUAAUCGCCGUGGAAACCAUGUCCAAUAUCCAGCUCAUCCUGUCUGUGCUGUGUGAGAACGACCUGCACAGAAAGGAGCUGUUUGGCUCAGAGGGAGUAGAGAUGGUCGUACAUUUCCUGAAGAAAGGUGCAGGGAAGUUCUACAGCACUCUGGGACACAACAAGCUGGUGAUCUCCACGGUGGAGUGCGUGUGGUCCUGCAUCGUCGGCUCCUGCACCACAGAAUAUCAGUUUUUAGAAAGAGGAGGAGCAUUUCUGAUGCUGGAUUUACUCCAAGCCAGUCCCAGAUGCAUACACAGCCUCAUCCUCUCUACCCUGCUGGAUCUUUGUAACAAUCCGAACGCUCGGUCUCAGGUGCUGAGCUGGAGGGACGAUGGCGGUCAAACGGCUCCCAGAGUCCUGCUGCAGCUCUGGAGGGCAGAAGAAAAGGAGCUGGGGGUCCUCAGAACCAAACAUGGAGGAAUUAAAGAUCCAAAGAAGCCGCUUCAGACCCGUUUCCAGGAGGACGGCAGCAGUUUGUCGUUUCCUGCCAACAAACCGUCCGCAGCAGUGCUGGAAACGUCCGAAAACCUGCGAGCAAAGUUUUACCUCCUCCUCUGCAGUCUGGGUUUCCAGGGGCUUCCUGGCCUGUUAGCAGAAGAUUAUAUGACUCUGGGCAUCAUCAGGAGAUACUUGGAUUUCAAGGUCGGGGAGGUUUGGAGCGAGAUUAACAGCGAACUGGUCCUGGAAGGCGUGAAGCCCAUCAGCUCGGACGAAAGAGCUCUGAGCUCCAUCUGUUGGACAUCAGAGGACACGGCGAGGAGGAUCAUGGAGGAACAAACUUGCAUCCUGAAGGAGCAGGAGGAGGAGGAGAUCAGGGAGGAGAUGCUCUUCUACACAGAGAUGAAGUCUCACCAGAAACAGCAGGAGCUCGAAACAACCUCCACAGUUCCCUUCAGAGAGAGUCUCAAUCAGUCUGGUUUCAGACCACCACUGGGAACCAAAUCUGGACCUCAGCAGCCUUUCAUCGGCCACAUCCUGGCAGCAGAGACCUCGGCGGAUCAGGGUCCCGCAGGGGUCAAUGUGAUUCUCAGCAGAACUAUAAUCUGAACCAGAAGAAGGGAGAUGCAAAGCUUCAGCAGACUGAUGGUACCAGAAAUCCUGGCUCAAGAGGAGACUUUCCUGCGUUUCCUGCGUUCCUGCUUGUAAAAAUUGAAUUAAAACGGAGAGAAAAACCUUUUGCACAACAAACUGUUUGUAUUUUCCAUGAGCAGCUGCUUCUGUUCUGACCCUAACACUGUGACUUGAAAAUACAGACAUGAUGUCACCCAGUCUGCACAAUCA